AUGCUAUACAGUUUCUCUUUCUUGGUUGUGGCUAUGACCUGUGCCACCACUGCCACCAGUGCUACCUCUGCCUCCCCUUUCACCUGGCCCCCUACGCAAGGAUCCAUGUCCGAUUUCGAGUACAACUUACGCUACGGGUGCGAUUUUAUGACAUGGUGCGGAGGCUUCGAUGGCGGAUGCGAAGCCGAGUGCCAGCGUCAAGGGAAACAAGGCUGGACUUGCACGAGUCCCAAUUGCGAGUGUCUUUGCGAAUAG